AUGGAGCACACAGAUGAUGGAAAACAACAAAUGAUACAGUCGGUACCGGCGAAAAAGAAGAGGAUCCGAAAACCUAGAGGCCGUGGCUUGAGGACAAAAACCGGCUGCCUGACCUGCCGAAAGAGACACAAAAAGUGCGACGAGAGGGUGCCUGUCUGUGGGCCAUGCACCACCGCAGCGAGAGACUGCGUCUUUCCUCCGGAUGCACCGGGCACCCGUGCCACAGCCACACCCGUCAACAGGGAGUCAAAGACACCCACACCAUCAGAUCGUCAUGAGGCAUUGUCGCCCAUUGAGGAUGCACUGAGAGCCCAUCUAUCCCCUGGUCCCAGACAUCAACGAGCCGAAUCAACGCAUACAGAUCUCGGCCUUUCAUCUCCAGGAAGCGGCCGACCAGGGUUUUUCUCUACAGGUCGGACGCAGAAUCUCGGAAUGAGUAUCGGUGACGCCUACAUGGAAACCCUGAAAGGGUACUCGCCCGAGACGGUGUCUUCGGAGCCGUGGACCUCGGACCUGGCCUUGGCGCGCUGGCUGUCUCUCGUCGCGACGGACGCGGCCAGGUCCGACCGCAGCUUCUCGCUAGCUCCCAGCCCGGCCCCGCAGACGCCGCCCGCCUGUGCCGCGGCAGAACCCACAUUCUACACGGAGCCCGGGGACCCAGAGCGCAGGGCUUGGCAGCUGGACCGGGACUUUAUGCUCUCGGGCCGCGAGGCGUUACUCUUUCGCCACUUCACCGACCGGAUGGCGGGCUGGCUGGACCUGCUGGACCCGGCGGCGCCGUUCUCGUCCCGGGCCGUCAGGUUAGCGCUGCGCAACACGGGCGUGAUGAAGAGCAUACUGGCGCUUGCCGCAAAGCACCUCUCGACGUCGGCAACCGCUGCAUCCUCCCCGCCGGCUGAUGACGGCGAGGCUGGCGCGGCGGUGGAGUACUACUACGAGACGCUGCACUACGUGCAGGAGGCGCUGGCCUACAGGAGCUACACGCACUCGGAGGAGCUGCUGGUGACGGUGCUGGCCAUAUCUUCGUACGAGAUGCUGGACGAGGCCGACGGCCGCGGCAACUGGCAGCGUCACCUCAAGGGCGUCUUUUGGAUCCAAAGGUCGCAGAACACGGACGGCGAGUGCGGCGGGCUCCGCCAGGCCGUGUGGUGGUCGUGGCUGCGCCAGGACAUCUGGGCCGCGUUCCGCGAGCGGCGGCGCUGCCUCACCAUCUGGAAGCCGAGGCUGGCCAUGUCCGAGCUGGACCAGGACCAGCUGGCGCGGAGGACCGUGUUCCUGCUCGCGCAGGCGGUCAACUGCUGCGCCGCGCCGGCGGACCCCUGCAGACGGAAGGAGGUGGAGGCGCUGGCCGCGGAGAUGGACGCGCUCCGCGCCUGCUGGGGCGAGCACUUCCGGCCGCUGCCGACCGCGACGGGCGGCGGGCGCGACGCCGUCUUCGCGCCGCUCUGGGUCCACCCGCCCCGCUUCGGCGUCGCGGUGCAGGCGUUUGCGUUUGCGCAGAUCCUGCUCACGCUGCACGCGCCCAUGCCGCCCGGCUUCGAGGGGUACUCCAAGGUGCAGCGGGUGCUGUCGGACGCGGUCGACAUCAUCUGCGGCGUCGCCAUGGAGAUGACCGAGCCGGGCUGCCAGAUCUUUUCCGCGCAGUGUCUGUACGGCGCGGGGCUGUGCGUGCAGGAGCAGAAGAAGAGGGAUAAAAUACUACAGCUCAUGGAGGUCUGCGAGGCGAGGUUCGGCUGGGCGCCCAUGGCGACGUGGAGGGAGGAUCUGAGGAAGGAGUGGGACAGGGCCGAUGGAGGGAAGGUGGGCGGGCUUGGGCUGCCUUCGCUGAGGUAA